AUGGAGGUCGCCGGAUUGUUAAAAGUCGAAAAUAAGAACAAGAAGUUCAAAUCAAAAAUCACUGACGUAGUGGAAAGUCCGCAUUUUCUUUUGAGGUAUCCGAACCAGAAUUGCAGUUUCACCCAUCGACGAUCUACGAUCGGCGGCCCAGACGUGGUCUCAUAUAUAGUGCCUCUUGUUGGGUUGAUCAUCAUCGUAUUACCUUUUUCUAUUCUUCAUUGGGCAAGCUGCGUCAUAAAAGCGCAAAGUCGACAGAGUGUGGAGUCCAGCAUCGAGGCUCACUUUCGAACCGCUUCGCAGUUAUUCUUACUAGCUUAAAAACGUGGCUGAGUCAUCAUCGUGCCGAACAACUACGACGCCCUUGAGGCAAUCUACACGGAGCUUUGUGCGAGAUUUAU